AUGGAGCAAAUCCUCGAGAGCUCAAAUCGAUUCUUCUCGUCGAAGAAAAUGAGCCAGUUUGUAUGCGUGGGGCCCGUGCCUCCUUCGUUAUCUAUAAACCCCUUAUGGCUCGAGUGGCUGCUUCAUUUUUCGCCCUCACUUGCCGCUAGCGAAUUUGUCGAGUCGGUUAUGGUUUUCCGGCAGGAAUAUCGCCACGAGAAGAGCACGAGCAAUAGAAUCGAAAUUAGUGUGCCUCAUCGUGCGAUUAACUCCAGCCCUUCGAUCGCCCGUCAUCCCCUCAGUUCGUCGCCGGGACCAUCUGUGCGGGAUUCCUCUGUCCGGGCAAGGAUUCAUCCAGCGAGCAGCCCUCCGUUCACGUGUCGCAGGGGAGGCUCGAGCACCUCUUUUCCCGAUCAGUAG